AGUGCGACACGGCAUCGUCCGCCCUGUCGUAGACUUUGGGACGCUCGCAUCUCUGCAGGAGAGCAGCGAGAAACCUAGUCGCUUUGCUACGCAACGCCUGUCGUUGGCCAUCAUCAUCAUCAUCAUGGCGUCCGCUGCGCAAGCCGAUCCGGAGAUGCCGGUCACCGUCAAGGCUAGCCUUGACGGUGUCACCCGCCGGUUCAAGCUGCCUCUUCGCGAUGUGAACGCCACCGCGUUUGAGUCUAAGGUGCGGAGUGCACUGAAUCUGCCCGCCGACACCGAAGCUGUGUUUGAACGGUACUCCGACUCGGCGGGGGCGUACAUUGCGCUGGACCAACCCAACACCGCCGUGUACAAACAGAUGUACCGUGCCGCCAAGGCCAAGCAUAAGCUCAAGCUCCGAGUCACCGUCAAGAAGGCCGUUUCCGAGGAAGAGGGCGUCCAAGGCCCCACGCCGACUUCAGCUGAGGAAGGACCCGAGGAACAGAGCGGUCAAGUCGCCGAGACCGUCGAACCCACCGGUGCUGGACCCGAGCCUGAAGUGCCGACUGAGUCGAGUUCGAGCUCCCUUCCUGCCGACGCGGAAUUCUUCAAGCCUGCUUCUGCUGUUGAAAAGUCUACCACCGAGUUCCCCUUGUCUCAGCUUCGGUCCGUGCAGGAGGUGCUCGAAGAAUAUCGCCCGAAGCCCGAGGAGGUCGCACCGUCCGCGCCGUCCAACCCUUCCUCUUUCAACCCGAUAAGCGGUGUCGCCUUGUGCCCGGCCAUGCAAGCCAGCUACGCCGUGUGCUGCAACAGCUGCGACAAGACCAUCCCGGAUGCCCACUACCAUUGUUCGACUUGCGACGACGGCGACUUUGAUCUCUGCCAGAAAUGCGUCGAUUAUGGAGUCACGUGCAAGGGAACCAACCACUGGCUCAUCAAGCGCUUCGUCAGGAACGGCGUCAUCAUCAACAGCACCACAGAACGUCUCGCUCCCAGGCCAAAGCCGAGGGAGCAGCCGCCCAGGCCGGCCCCCAGCCCACUUCCGGCGGCUCCGGAGAGGAUCGUCCCCGUCUUCAAUGACAGGUUGUACAGUUGCUCUCGUACCUGCAACUGCUGCGUGCAGGAGUUCCCCGAGGCCGAGUUUGUCCACUGCACUUCCUGCGACGACUACGACCUCUGCCGGGCCUGCUUCGUCAGCAACCGCCACGGUCACCAUCCCAAGCACGCCUUCGUGCCGGCUGUCGAGGGCACCAGGCUCGACCACGAAGUCGCCCGCCGCCUUGCCGCCGGCCGUGGCCAGCCCCACAACGCCAUUUGCGACGGUUGUGACAAGGCCAUCAGGGGCGUCCGCCACAAGUGCUUAGACUGCCCUGACUGGGACUACUGCUCGGGCUGCGUCGUGAACGCCAAGUUCAUCCACCCCGGACACCGCUUCGUCCCCAUCUACGAGCCGCUCGAGUAUGACGGCGGCUUCCGCGCGCGCUCCAUGAACAGGCCCGUACAUGUCGGUAUUUGCUGCGACGGCCCGCUGUGCUCCGCCGCCCGUGCCAACUCCACCUACAUCGUGGGCGACCGCUACAAGUGUGCCGUCUGCCACGACACCGACUUCUGCGCGUCGUGCGAGGCCAGCCCUUCAAACACCCACAACAGAACCCAUCCUCUCAUCAAGUUCAAGUCACCUGUCCGCCACGUCAGCGUGACCACUACUGGCGAGAACAUGAACGGCAGGCAGAUGCCGACCAUGGGCGAUCGCCCUAGGACUCGCCCGCCUCCUGCUGCGACCAUUCGAACUGCGGAGAGAAGCACCUCGCCGUCGCUUUGCACCGGCGUCCAAACCGUUGUCGACGUUGUGCCGUCGGAGCCCGUCAAGGCCGAGGAGAAGCAGCCGGAGCAGGCCGGAGAGGAGACGCCGGCGGAGAAGCAGCCGGAACAGGCCGGAGAGGAGACGCCGGCGGAGAAGCAGCCCGAGGCGGAAAGGACGGUCGAGGAGGCGCCUGCUUCCAUCGAUGAUCUCGCCGCCACCUUCGUUCGGGACACUGUUCAGGACGGCACCACGUUCCAGCCUGACCACGUCUUUGAGCAGACUUGGGUCCUUCGCAACACCGGCAAGGUCGCUUGGCCCGCCGGCUGCUCCGUCAAGUUCGUCAGCGGAGACUACAUGGGUCACCUCGACUCCAACCACCCCGCGGCAACCCGCGACGUCGAGUUCUCCUGCGAGUCAACCGUCUGCUACGCUCCCGUCCAGCCCGGCGCAGAGUACCCAUUCACCGUGCUCCUCAGAACUCCUUCGCGCAGCGGCAGGUUCGUGUCGAACUGGCGCCUGACUACCAAGGACGGCCACAGGUUCGGUCAUCGUCUCUGGUGCGACAUUGUCGUCGAGAAGCCCAGAGUCACCCUGCCGCCGCCGCCGCCGCCGCAGCCGACGACGACGACGACGUCUACUGAUGCCGAACCCGUGAAGGUGGCGGAGGAGACGAAAGAGGUUGCCAAGCCUGAGCGGGAGGUCAAGAUGGAGCACAGCGAGAUGAUUUUCCCCAAGCUUGAGAAGGAGUCGCCCGUUGCCAGCGUCCAUGAGGAAACCAAGGACGAGUCUGUCUCCGGUCUCGAGGAUGAGUACGAGGAUUGUGAGGAUGUCGAGUGGGCCGAGGGCGAUUCCGACGAGGGUUUUCUGACUGACGAGGAGUACGAUGUCCUCGACGCCUCGGACGAGGAGUUCAACCUCCCUAGCCGCCCUAAGCAGAAGUAAAGAGGGCUCGCCAGCUGCCGGCG